AUGGACACAGUUGUCCUUCUCGACGAGGAGGAGACCGUGCCGUGGGUACCGCCCCAUCGAGAAACACCACCGCCCUCAUACGAGGAGCUUUUCGGGCCGGGCCCGUACCCGGAGCCCGACCCUCCAGCAUCAGCCGGGGUCAGCACCGCUGCCACCAUGGCGGUGCGGGCCACCGGCGCCGCUGCCACGGGCACACCCAGGCCCGCACCCAGUGCCACCGACGCCAAGGAGCAGGCCACGCCCACGCUCACCGCCGCCGACGACACCGCCGACGCGGCAACCGUCCGGGCAGGAGCCAGCACCCCCACGGGGGAUGACUUGCUCGCGCUCCUGCUGGGGAAGCUGGCCGCGUCCCCCGACGGACCCACCACGUCCGCCGCAUCCCAGCAGCGGGAGGCAGUCCGGGCCGCGGUCCGAACAAUAAUGGCCACGAUCCCCACGGCGGAAGCCACUGCUCAACCCGACGCAGCCGCUGGAUCGACCGCCGGCAUCCCACCGGCCGCCACUGCUCAAUCCGACGCAGCCGCCGGAUCGGCCGCCGGCAUCCCACCGGCCGCCACUGCUCCACCCGACGCAGCCGCCGGAUCGGCCGCCGGCAUCCCACCGGCCGCCACUGCUCAAUCCGACGCAGCCGCCGGAUCGGCCGCCGGCAUCCCGCCGGCCGCCACUGUUCAACCCGACGCAGCCGCCGGAUCGGCCGCCGGCAUCCCGCCGGCCGCCAUGGCUCAACUAGACGCCGCCACCCAAGCGGCCGCCCAACCGGACGCCGCCGCCACGGCGCGCGCCCCGACGCCGCCUGACGGCACCGCGGCCACUGCAGCCGUAGCGCCGUGCCGCCUGCCGUCCAGGCCCGUGCGGCGGGUGAGGCCUAUGCCGGCCACCGACCAGCAGCGCUGGCGUGGCCGCCAGCCUUUGGCCAACCCCGAAGGCGAACCAGUCGGCCGCCCAGGCAUCCUCCGCCGACCGGCCCCAUGGCCCAUGGAGGAGGCCAGUACUGACGAGGAAUUAGGAGAGGACGCCGAGGAAGACGAGGAGGACGCCGACUCGGAGGAGGAGCUUCCCCCGGUGGAUCCCCUGCCUCCAAACGCCCAGGUCCGCGCCCUCGACGGAUGGGUUACCGAAGACGGGUGGGUACCCAUCGCCCUCCUGCGUAGUAUAGACGGGCAUCUGCGCCAGCCGAGACGCCGGGAGGUGCGCUACCUGGAGGAGGUAGCCGGCAUCCGCUAUCGCAUCCAGAUCUCGACCAGCGGCCGGGUAAAGGUCUUCCCGCACCCCCGAGGAAGGGAUGGGGUGUGA